ACUUAUUUGGGAAAGAUGAGAGUUUUUACAAUUAGGAAUUUUAAAAACUCUCAAAUGUGGGUUUCUGAAGUAGCUGUGGGGAUCAGCUAUUUCUAAAUUCCUCGUUCUUGUUUUAUUUUUCCAAAAACUACCCUCCCCCAUUACUUCAUUUCUCCGUUAGCCUUCUUCUCCAAUCACUGCACUGUCCUCCUAAUGUGCCACCAGUCUUGAACACAACUGCUGAUGUGGCUUAUCCGGAGAAGCUUCCAGGUUUUCCCGGAGACGAAGAAGGGAGAGGACGAGAGGAGGAAGGAGAGAAAGUCACCGAAGAUGAAGAUUCGAGCGGGACAUUCAUCGAGAGGAAGAUUGGAUCUCUGUGAUCAAAUUCACUCCUUCUCGUCGACGUAUUGGGCUAGUUCUCCACCAGAAGCAAGUCGCCGUCUUCUUCUCCCUCUCCUCCGAUUGACGACGAUUCCUGGUCAAAGGUCGUCGAUUGAGACGUUUCUUUGGCGAUGGAUGACACUUCUGGGCUUCUUGAAGUAUACAACAUCAUCUUCCUCUUCCUUUCCUCCCGAUUGUCGGCGAUAUCCACAUGAAGGCCAUCAAUUGAGAUGUUUAUGGGCUAGGCAACUGACGACGCUUCUGGUCUUCAUGAAGCAAACUGCCACCAUUGUUUUCUUCUCCCUCUCCACUCGACGUGAAGAGGAAUCCUUGAAUCAAGCCGCCGCCGUCGUUUGUGAAUAGCUAAAGGGUAGACAGAAACAUACAACGUAGAAGGAGAUGCCGAGAUGGGUAUGGUCUUAGGAGUUUGGAUAAACGGGGCACGUCAGAAUGAAUGUUAGAUUUGGAGGCAACGACGACGAGAUGUUCUGGGUUAAUAGAUGAGAGCAAGGGGGAAGGAGAUAGGUUAAAGAUGAGGUUAAGAUUGUAAUUUGAUUUUUCUUAUUAAAAUCCUUUGUUUAUAUCCAAACAAGUGAUAUAUUAAAAUUCCUCAUAUUAAAAACCUAGGUUUUAA